GUGAAUGUCUAUACAACCCCUGGGAAGAAGGAGGAGGGGCGAUUUGCUCUGACAGUGGCGACACAAGUGCUCUCUUUCUUCACCAAGUAUUUUGGGAUUGGAUUUCCUUUGCCCAAGUGCGACCUUGUUGCAAUUCCUGAUUUUGCAGCUGGUGCUAUGGAGAAUUGGGGUCUGAUCACAUUUCGCGAAACGGCCCUUUUGGUUGAUGACAAAAGCGCUUCUGCUGCAUCAAGGCAGCACGUUGCGUAUGUUGUUGCGCACGAGCUUGCUCAUCAGUGGUUUGGCAAUCUUGUGACAAUGGCUUGGUGGAAUGACCUCUGGCUGAACGAAGGCUUCGCGACAUGGGUUGGGUGGCUUGGUGUGGACCACUGUUUCCCAGAAUGGGACAUAUGGACACAAUUUGUUAGCUACGACAUGGGAAGAGCAUUGACGACAGAUGCUUUGCCAUCAUCGCAUCCUAUCGAAGUGCCGAUCAAUGAUCCAAAAGAAAUCAAUCAAGUUUUUGAUAACCUGAGCUAUGAGAAGGGAGCAUGUGUGAUCCGCAUGCUAGAGGCUACACUGGGCUCAGAGGCGUUCAAGAAAGGCCUUCACCAGUACCUCGAUUCAAGGAAAUAUGGAAAUGCGGUGACYGCAGACCUGUGGGCAGCAUUAGCAGACGAAUCGGGGCAGCCUGUGCCGUCGAUGAUGRACUCGUGGACGCRACAGGUGGGCUAUCCGUUGGUCACAGUGAGUAUUYCCCAAGGGGGCACCCACUCGGGUCUUUCCGUCCGCCAGACACGUUUCCUCAGUAUGGGCGCACCAACUCCUGAGAUGGAUACACAGCUUUGGUGGGUGCCGAUAACAGCRCAGACAGGCGGCUCACUACUGGAGAAAGUGCCUGUGGAGCUGCCACAAGCAGUCCUCAAGGAGAAAGAGGCGGUGUUGCCAGAGCUGAUUGUUCCUGAUACUAACAAGUGGUUGAAGCUGAACCAUGGGCAAACAGGCAUAUAUCGUGUGAACUACCCGGUGACAAUGUGGCAUGGGUUGAUGGAGGCUGUGAAGUCGUUAUCCUUGUCUACUGCUGACCGGCUUGACAUGGAGACUGUGCAUCCAAAUAUGCUUCCGGUGGUAUUGGCAACAGCGGUCGCAAACGGUGGAGCGGACGAGUACAAUGCUGUGAAGGCAUUAUACAGGAAGGCUGGCACACAGGAUGUCAAGAUUAAGUGCCUGAGAGGUGCGUUGGAGUCGAACCUUGGUGGAGGCAUUGCGUGCGAAAGCUCUGUGCAGCAUUGAACGAUAAUUCGGGCCUCCCUACACACCACACCUGGACGGAAGAUUUAGAUAGAGUUCAUACUUGAGAGAAACAGCAGGAUAUUCAGUGAAUGCAGAUGGUGUGGAAAUGAGACCUGAGGCAGCCAACUUGUGUGCUGCCUGAUCAUGUUUGCUUCGUGUGGAUUUUAAUGCGGUAUGGCGCCACAUGC